UCUGGCACAUUAAAGAUGGGUGUAACAGACAGGAACUUGAAUGUGAGAGUUGAUAAGCCUUGGUUACUGCAGCGUGUUUAGUAAACAAGGAUGGCAAGCUUCUGGAGUACAGUGGAAACUCUGCAGAGAAAACUUGAACCGUUACUGAAUUUCCUGAGAAACAGAGAAGAUGUGGUUCAAGAAGAGGAUCAGCUGGACCAGGAAACCUUCUCUUGUUCGAUCUGUUUGGAGGUUUUAAAGGAUCCAGUGGCUAUUCCCUGUGGACACAGUUACUGUAUGAAAUGUAUUAACGACUUCUGGGAUGAAGAAGAGGAGAAUAAAAUCCCCAGCUGUCCUCAGUGUAGACGGAUGUUCAUACCGAGACCUGAGCUGGUGAAAAACACCAUGUUAGCAGCUUUAGUGGAGCAGCUGAAGAAGAAUGGACUCCAAGCUGCUCCUGCUGAUCACUGCUAUGCUGGACCUGAAGAUGUGGUCUGUGAUUUCUGCUCUGGAAAACAACUGAAAGCCAUCAAGUCCUGUUUAUUCUGUCUGGCCUCUUACUGUGAGAAUCACCUUCAACCUCAUCAUGAUGUGGCUCCAUUAAAGAAACACAAGCUGGUGGAUCCCUCUAAAAACCUGCAGGACAACGUCUGCCCCUGUCAUGGUGAGGUGAUGAAGAUGUUCUGUCGUACUGAUCAGAAGUGUAUCUGUUAUCUCUGCUCUCUGGAUGAACAUAAAGGCCACGACACAGUCUCAGCUGCAGCAGAAAGGACUGAGAGGCAGAGAGAGAUGGAGGUGAGUCGACAACAAGUCCAGCAGAAGAUCCAGGACAGAGAGAAAGAUGUGAGGCUGCUUCAGCAGGAGGUGGAGGCCAUCAAUCAGUCUGCUGAUAAAACAGUGGAGGACAGUGAGGAGAUCUUCGCUGAGCUGAUCUCUCUCAUCCAGAAAAGAAGCUCUAAUGUGAAGCAGCAGAUCAGAUCCCAGCAGGAAACUGAAGUGAGUCGAGUCAGAGAGCUUGUGGAGAAGCUGCAGCAGGAGAUCACUGACCUGAAGAGGAGAGACGCUGAGAUGAAGCAGCUCUCAGACACCGAGGACCACAAUGAAUUCAUAAGAAACAGCACCUCGGCUACAUAUCUCAGUAAAUCUAUUUACUUCCCCAUCUCCCAUUCCUUUUAUCUGCAGCACUUCAGAAGGUUGAAGAGUGCUGCCUCACUCCUAAGAGACAAAGUACAGGAGAUUCUGAAGGAGGAAUGGAUGAAGAUCUCGCUGGUGGUCCCUGAAGUUGAUGUUUCACACUCAAAAGAGCCAAAGACCAGAGCCGACUUCUUAGAGUGGUCACAAGAAAUCACACUGGAUCCAAACACAGCUCACAUGAAUCUGUCGCUAUCAGAGGGAAACAGCAAAGUGACAUAUGCGAUGGGAGGACAACAUCAAUCUUAUCACCCGGACAGAUGUGUAGCCAAUUAUCAGGUCCUGAGCAGAGAGAGUCUGACUGGACGUUGCUACUGGGAGGUGGAGAAGGGCGUGGGAGGAAUUGCUGUGGUGCUUGAAUACAAAGACAGUAAGACAGUGAAGGAGAGGUUUGGAGAAAACGCCCACUCUUGGGCUUUAUGUGUCUCCAAACGGGGUUACAAAUUCAAACAUAACAGAACCAGCAACCGCAUUUUAAGCCAUUUUAAGCCCAUGUCUUCCAGAAUAGGAGUUUACCUGGAUCACAGAGCAGGUGUUCUGUCCUUCUACAGCGUCUCUGAAACCAUGAUGACCCUCCUCCACACAGUCCAGACCACCUUCACUCAGCCGCUCUACGCUGGAGUGGCGCUUGGCGCCCCCAUCGGAAACACCGCUGAGUUCUGUAGGCUCGAGCCGGCAGGAAAAGGGUUAAAAAGAUCAAUGAAAGACGGGUGAUGCUGAAUUGUACUUUAAACUGGCUUCAAUUUGAGCAACUUUUACUUCCAUUUAAUUUCUUAAUCUUCUCCAGCAGGUGUCGCUGUUUUCCAGUGAAUUCAUAUGUCCACACAGUGUGUUCAACAGUAUUCUGCUAAAUGAUACACACAAUUUCAAGUUGCUUUUCUAACUCUUGAAAACAAACCAACUAACAAAAAAACACCUUUUUGUGACAAAAUAUGAUCUUAUUUUCAACUUAUCCGAAAAAUUCAAUACAGCUUAUAUAUUUUUUGUAAUUUUUGUUUGAUUGCUUAAUAUAUGCUAAUGAAUUUCUGCGACUGCUUGUUGAUUUGUAAAGACUCUCAUAUAACACAAUUUAAUGAUUUAAUGGUAUUCAUAAUCAGAAUUAAACCAAAUGUAAAUUAAAUGUGUGGAGAAAUGUGUGGAGGUGAGGUUUUGGUUGAUUAAAUCAUAAGCAGACUUUUUAAUUUUAUAUUUUUAAUUAAAACGACUUUCACAUU